CUCUCCAUUGACCGACGUCAAGCAUCGUACGUAAACGAGCGGUCGCUUUCGUUUCUGGCGCUCGCUCCCAAGCUCCAACUUUGUGGUGUCCGUCAGUGUUUAAGCACGCCUCCAACCCGAAAGUCGCAAGCCGCAGUUACUGUACGUUGAGUUGAAUAGAGUCAAGUCGGAGUUUUGGAUAAACCAUAAGCUGGAGGAGCGUCGUCGCAGUUUGCAGUUCUCGUGCCUGGAAUUGUUGGAGCCCCAACACACACAAACGAACGCCCUACGGUACGGCUCUUCUCAGCGCGCGUCUCCUCUCGCCGCGCCCAAGUUUAAGCCCAGGUCCAGGCCAUCGCUUCAUACAUCGCCAUCGCCUUUUUCGGUGCCCUAUACAUUAUUAAACAGCUCGCUCCACAAAGCGUGCCAAUAAAUUUUACAGUCGAGUGCUCGAGUGAGGAAACAGCCGCAAGAUUUCGAAAACAACGAAAAUGGUCUUUGACUGCGUGGUCUGGUGUGCAAAGUAUUUGCUUUGCAUAUUCAAUUUCAUAUUUUUCGUGCUAGGCACAAUUAUAUUCGGAGUCGGACUAUGGCUGGCCGUGGACAAGCACUCGCUGAUUGCUCUCCUCAAGCUGGUCGAGAGCGAGCGCAUCGAGCAAUUUACACAGACGCAGGUCAUAGAGCAGCUGGCCUACGUUCUGAUCGUCAUCGGAGCCGUCAUGUUCUUCAUGAGCUUCUUGGGCUAUCUGGGGGCCAUGCGCGAGUCCCGCUGUUUGCUGUCAACGUAUGCAACCUUUUUGAUUCUCCUGCUGGUGGCUGGAAUCGUGGCCGGAGGUCUGGCCGCCUUCUACAAGGAAAAAGUGAGGGCCGAGAGCAAAAACUUCUUGCAGACGACCAUCACCAGCUACUCGCUGGGCGAGAAUGUGGACGCCAGUACUCUGAUGUGGAACCAGCUGAUGGGCAACUUUGGCUGCUGCGGCAUCACCGACUACCACGACUUUGAUGCCUCGCCGGCGUGGAAAGAAAACAAGGGCAAUCGCACCAUACCGGAGGCCUGCUGCGUCCUCAAGGAUGUGGCCGCACUGGUGCCGCGCGACGAAGACUGUGUGACCAAUCCCAGCGACAGCAACAGUUUCUACAAAAAGGGCUGCUAUGAGGUGUUCACCGAGUGGUUGAUUGGACAGCGCGAGCUGAUCAUCAUCGUGAUUGGUGUGGGCAUUGUGCAUCUGAUCCUGAUCAUCCUGGCCUUCUCCCUCUGCAAGGCCUUCGCCAAGUACAACGACAUGCGUCUGUAAGUCGGACAUCGUGGGCGGAUGAUGGACGAGUUUUCAGUAGCCAAGUAGCCAAGUAGCUAACCCAGGCAAGCUAAAUAACCAUAGGAACCAGAGAAAAAAGAGCCAAAACAACAGCCCGACAAUGAAGAGCGAUCCCUAAGAACACCAACCAACCAACCAAAACCCUACCGAACUCCGAACUCCGAACAGCGAACACCGAACACCACGACGUGCUCAAGGGGAAAACACAAACCACAAAAGAUUCUGCAUUUGCCGCAUAUGGUACGGGACAACACACAGGAAGACAGACGACACAGAUUAUUCCAGCUCUACUCUAACGUUAGGCUAAGAUCGUAACCAGCAUAAUCCAUUUACAGAUACUAUUCAAGAAUAUCUUAGAGAAAUGUUGCUCAAAAUUUGGCCACCCGACAGCCACAGACAGCGUGCCGGGGGGACAGCAGGAGGAGAGCCGCAGCGCAGGUUUUACAAUACGCAAGACACUUACAUGGAAUAUUUAUUUGUAAAUCUGUUUUGAUAGCAGCCUUAGUUCUUAAGUAGUUGUCUACAAUAUACAAUAUACAAUAUACGUAUACAUAUAUUGUAACUGAUUUGUCGUACGUAGUCUUUUAACAUUUUGUUAUGUUAUCGAAAAGAAAAACCACUCAAAAACAUCACAGGUUCGUACCGUACCACACACAAAUUUUUUGAGAUCGAACGAUGUACGAUAAGGAAUCAAUUUUGAAAUGUAAUUUUUAACGGGGCGAGCAGAAUAGCCACCCGCGAGAAGCAUUAAAUACUUGCACAUAAUAAAUAUUGAUUGACAUUGUACUAGUAUGUGUAUUAGUUGGUAAGUCUCUAACGUUAAGUUGUAAUUUUAGUUUUUUUUUUGCUAUGGCUAUC